AUGGCAGAAGUCGGUAAAGAUAACCAUCAAUUACUACUGUCCUAUCAGUUGUCUAACAGAAACUUCACAAUGGUUGUUAUUGAAACAAGUAUUCUUGUUGGUAUUGCUUUAACGGGAUUUGUAGGGAACAUCGGUGUCUUGUAUGUUUUUUACAGGACGCGAAAACUUCGCUCGGGCGCUAACUUCUACAUAAUCACUAUGGCUUGCAGCAAUGCUACAUWUGGUCUGUUUGUAUCACCAAUUGUAAUAGCAACAUCGGCUUGUGGAAGGRAUAUCGUCGGMUAUGAUGCUGGACAAAUUAUUGGAUUUACGUUUACUGGGAUAAUUUUAAGCUCUUUAUAUAUCACCUCRCUSAUYUCCAUCAACCGAUUCGUYUGCGUUGUGAAACCGUUGUUUUACAAGGCAAUAUUCAGCCGUUUUAAAGCUAUAAUSAAGACUGUUGUAGUGCCCUGGCUUUUCUCGCUGACUAUAUUAGCAAUACUGAAAUUGAGUAAUCUUGGUGAAUUCAUGUUUUACCCAGGYCGACUUGUCUACCUUCUCKCUUUGAAAAACCAGCUUAUUGAGCGCAUUUCACGAGCUGCUUUUCAAGUUGUGUUUGUCAUUAUCCCAAUGAUUAUUACUGUUAUAUGUUCUGUGAWGGUAUAUGCUGUAGUUAGAAGACUUAACACAUCGCAUGCCUCUUCUCUCGCGRAACUUCAUAAAAAUGCCAAAUCGCGUAAAGAAGURGACAUUUCAAAAUCCCUUCUUUUGUUAGUUAUGGGAUUCAUUGUGUGCUGGAUUCCGUCAACUACAAUUUUUCACAUUGCAGCCUACAGAAACCUUUCUCGUGAAAUGGAGAUGUUUUCCAUCUAUAGCAUCUUCAUAAGCACGGCCAUAAACCCGUUAGUUCUCAGCAUUUCUAACAAAGGAUUCCGAGAGGCAGCCAUUUCAUUGUUCCGCAAACGAACUUCUUUGACGAAAAUUACGACGCAAUUGAACAAUCAUGGUCCAAAUCGACUUGUUGUACCAGCUAAAGUGGCCCCUGUAUCAUGCUGA